CACAAAUGAUCGAACAUGGACGACACAAACGAAACGUUUUUGGCGACGCAUUGGCCCUUCCCAUGUGACCCCAGUAUCUUUGAAUUCCCCGGCAAAAACCCCGGCGAAGACCCCGGCAUCGAACCGGAAAAUGACCCCAUCGUCGGCGGAAACGCCGUUGGUGGCGACACCUCCAUGGGGGUCCCUUUCCCAGAAGACCCCAUCAAAAUGCCAAGUGUACAGGUGGUCUUGAUCCUGGCUUACAGCACCAUCAUAGUGCUGGGGGUUCUGGGUAAUUCUCUGGUGAUCUACGUCAUCUAUCGCUUCAAGACGCUGCGCACCGUCACCAACUUCUUCAUCGCUAACCUCGCUGUUGCGGACCUGCUGGUGAACACGCUGUGUCUCCCCUUCACGCUGGUCUACACGCUGCAGGGCGAGUGGAAGUUCGGAGGGGCGCUCUGCUUCCUGCUGCCGUACGCUCAGUGCCUCGCCGUGCACGUGUCCACCGUCACGCUCAACGUCAUCGCACUGGACCGACACAGGUGUAUCGUGUACCACCUGGAGACGAGGAUGCGUAAAGACGUGUGUUUCGGGGUGAUCGCUCUCACCUGGGUGCUGAGCGCCAUCUUAGCCAGUCCUCUCGCCAUCUUCAGAGAAUACGGGUCCUUCACUCUGGAGCCAGGACACACCAUCCAGGUGUGCACGGAGAAGUGGCCGGGGAAGAGCACGGACGGCACGGUGUACAGCAUCUCCAUGUUGAUCCUGCAGUACUUCCUGCCGCUCUCCAUCAUCUCCUUCGCCUACGCACGAAUCUGGUCGAAGCUCCGCGCCCACGUUAGCCCGGCGGAAACCGGCGUUAGCACCAGCAGUGCUACGUCUGAGCGCCAUCGCAGACGGCGAAAAACCACCAAAAUGCUGGUGACCAUGGUGGUGGUUUUCGCCGUCAGUUGGUUGCCUUUCCACGCCUUCCAGCUGGCGACGGAUAUCGACAGCGCCGUGUUGGAUAUGCAAUAUUUCCGCCUGCUUUACACCGUUUUCCACGUGGUCGCCAUGUGCUCCACCUUCGCCAACCCGCUGCUUUACGGAUGGAUGAACCGAAACUACCGCGCCGCCUUCCUCGCCGUCUUCAAGUGUUGCCGAGGCGGCGAGAAGAAGAGAGGCGGGAGGUUGGAUAGCAUCCAUCCCACAGGAGGAGGUGGAGGAGGAGGAAGGGUGAAGAAGAUCGUGAUUGAAACGCAAGACACGGUGUCCACCCACCUCAACGCCACCGAUGUUUGAGAAGGAGGCGAAGGAAGGAGGGAGGAAAGGGAACGAGAUUAUAGAAGAACAGCCUCAACCUAUGUACAAAAAGAAGGGAUAAGGAGAAGGUUCUUGAAGCACAAGAAGUGGUGCCCAACCACCUCAACGUAUGUACAAGAAGAAGGUGGAGAAUGAGGGAUGACGAGAAAAAGCAACAAGUUCACGGAGGAAGGAGAAAGGAAAUUACUAAAAAACCAACCUGUCAGAAAACAAGACACUCGCCUCAACUUAUGUACAAAAAGAAGGGAUAAGAAUAAAAUGCAACGAGGUUAAAGUGGAAGGAAAUCAGGCGAGGAAGAUGGUGCUUGAAACACAACACACGGUGUCCACCCAUCUCAACACCAAGGGACGGCAAGAGAAAGCAACAGGUUUACGGAGGAAGGAGAGAGGAAAGUGUCCUGUAGAAGAAAAGCUAAGGAGAACGACUUUACAGAAGGGUCAACCCAUCGGAUGUGGUGCUUGAAACACACUCCGCAGUGUCCGCCCAACAUAACUUGUGUACAAAAAGAAGGUGGAGUUGGAGGGAGAAGAGACAAGAACAUGCAGCGAGUUAACAGAGGAAGGACUAGAGGAAGGUUUUUGUCCCGUAGGAGAAUACGCAACCUGCCCAAAAGCAAGGAGAGAGUCCAACCACAAACAAGAUGACAGAGGAAGGAAAGUAGGAAAGUGUUUGUCAUGCAGAAGAAAAUCAAAUCAAAUCCUGUCAAAGGACGUGGAAGGGCGGAGAAGAUGGUGCUCGAAUGACAAAAUAAGAGGCAAUGUCCGCCCACCUCAAUGUCCACUGAUGGACAAAGGGAAAGUGGAGAAGGAGGGAGGGAUGACAAGAAAAUGCGACAAGAUUACACAGGAAGUAUUUUGUCCCGCAGAAGAGGCAACAAAGAGAGCGGAGACAAAGACAUAGAAACAAGAGGAGGCCGAUGGCGGGACUUAAGAGUUUCUGAAAAGCCCCAAAAUAGAAGAGGGAGGAGGCAGGGAUUAGUAGAAGAAGAAUGACUCGACGUCUGCUCGACAAAUCGAAGCUUUGAAGACGUGACCUCCUUGUGACGGAGGGACUUUUCUUUGGGGGAUUUGUUAGAGUGAUACAGCUUUGCAUGAAGGAUUUGUGGGAAAGUUUGCCCUGAAAAAGAGACAGGAAGUCGGAUAGCAACUGAAGGAACAAACUUUGGUCCACUUUGUCAAAAUAGGGCUUUUACUCCAUCUUCAUUCCACGUGUGAAGCAUUUAGCUCGUACUCUUAACCCAGAGUGGUUUACAGGCAGUGGGUUGAGGAUUAAAAUGGACAAACAUUUGGGCAGAAUCAGCUGCGAGGGAUUUUUCACGCUUCGAGAAAUCGGAGGCCGCUGAAGACCGUGCAAAAAUAUCUUGUCAGGUGAAAGAAAAAGCCCCAAAAGCCUGUAUUUAAGAGUUCAAGGAAAGGAUGCAUGAUGCAAGCUUUGUGAAAUCUCAGACGUUGUUAUGUAAUGUGUGUUUUAAAUGUGCAUCAUCCUACAAUAAAAGCAAGGAAGAACUGGACAUAGAUAUGGGGAAGAGAGCGGGGGAAAUACAAAUGAUUUCAAAGCCUUUUUUAUCAGUAGCUUUAGGACAGAUGGGCAGAAAGUGAGGAGACCAAUGUGAGGAGGGGAAUGUGGGGUAAUGAGGGAAAAGGAAAUGGAAACGAAUAUCUUAAAAUCCAGCUGAGAUCACACAGAUUUCAAAACGUCUCUUCAGUUCGAAGCUGCACGAUGUUAAACGUGUUAGAUGAAUCUGAUUUAGCUGAGAGGCAAUUCGUCAAAUCUGGCUGACUGCUCACAUUUUGCGUCACGCUUCAAUUUCAUUUUCAUUACAGAGUUUAAUCAGCACGACGUAAUAAUAUAUGAAGAAAGAGAUGGUUAAAAUAUGAUUGUUCACUCUGCAGAAUUUAUUUUAUUUCAUUUUGUAAGUGUGUCUUGUACUUCAAAGUGACUUUUAUUUAGUAAGUGAAAUAUAGUGGGCUAUUUUGCCCUGAACUGAGCCUUUCAGGCAUUUCGUCUUAUAGAAAAAAGGCCUGCAGAUGCAAAACAAUGUAUUAGCAUAUAUGUUAAGUGUUGUGUAAUUCUAAAGACUCCACUCCUUAUAUAUAAACAAUCUCUGCAAAUGAAAGGUGAUAUUUAAGUUGAAAUGUUCAGGUUUGUCUGAAACCAAAAGCACCUUACUUACAGAUCGCCAGCCAUCAAUGAAAAUGAAGUUUAUUUAUACCAGCGAGAACCAGGCAACCCAACAGUUGUUCUUAGUAAUGGCCAUUAAGGCUUGUUAGUUAACUUAGUAAGUGAUUUAAGUCAAACCUUUACAAACGGUGCCUUACAGGCCUUUUCCACUACAGGAACUUAAAGUGUUUGUAUAGAUUGUGAUAGGUGCCGCUCAGGAGAAGGAGAUGAAGCCAAGUUUAGCGAUUUCUCGGAAGAAAAAUGGGUCGAAUAAAGCAGUAUUGUCAGUGGCCAAAUGUUUCAAAAUAUGUUACCCGACGUACCAAUCUUUAGCUUCAGCAGAAAUACAGGAAAAUACUUUAGGAAUCUGGGUUAGAAUAAGUGUUUAUUACGUUUAUAAUACCAUUUUGCUAGGCUGUGUUUCCCUGCUUUAGAAAUGCAGAAACUGAGAUCACUAUCGGUUUUCAUAUUUGGGUUUUUUUCUAUCAAUGCUGGGACUGCAGUACUUUGUGAUUCAGUAUACAUUUGUUCGGCAAACUGUUUUAGUUCAUUGGUUUUCCUUCUGGUGAGGGUCCUCCUUAUUCCUCCCACUGGAAACUUGUUGUAUCCCGGACGAGUCCCCAAAAUUGUUAAAUUCUACAAACUGUUGAAUCUUUUGCAAAGACCUUAUCCGUCGCACAGUUAUCUAAUAUUAUAUCUAAUAACAACUUUGGAUCACGUGUUAAAACAUGUACUUUUGAAACUAGAAUAUAGAGGCAAAGUUUCAAUGAAUUAAAAGUGUGUUUUGCUGCCUUGUAAUUUGUAUAUUAUGCACGAUUUGGGUUAUCCAGCAAUGUUUAGCUAACGGUGACAUUGAGAAGUAACAUUUCCAGUCAUAUGAGGCGGAGCAGCACAAGUAAAAAGUGAUAUAUUUGUAUUUCUCUUGUAGUAAAAAAACUAACAAAAAAGUAUUUUAGUGACACUGACAAAAAAGUCAUUCGAUUUCAAAGUGACAGAUAUCAAAAAUGGUGCCAAAUGUUUCAUCGUCGUUUUGAACUAAAUCAACUAAAUAGAGCAUAAAAUUGGCGCUUUUUCAAUUAAAUUUAACCCAAAUGUUUGUUGAAAAACACAAAUUAGGAUCGAGCACGUGCUUAAAAACUUCCUGUAGUGGGAAAUGUCCAUUUUUAGAAAGCGGCACCCACUUAUUUACAGAUACAUUCUGAAUGUCACUGCCAUGAUUUCCACCUCCCCUGAGUCAUAUUUAUUUAUAUUCCUCCGCACUAUCUGCCAAUCUUUCACCCCCAGCUUUCCCAUCAUGCACCCUGCCUGCAGGCUGAAAAUCAUUACCUGUCUCUUUAGCGAUUUUCGGGGACAGGAAAGGUCAAAAAGUGCAUUUGUUUUUUCAGAGACCUUGAGUUUUUUUAUUUCCCCCAAUGAAUAUAACUUCUCCUAAAGCUCUUUUUCUUUCCACACCAUUUAUCGGCGCCGCCUCCAAAUUAAAUUGCAGAUGUUAUUACCAAAGGUCUCAUUAAACUUUAAUUGCCUGAUUUUAAUUACGGCACUCUGUUUCCCUCUGUGUCAACAUACUAAACACUUUGCACACUGUGAAUCAACACUACAGCAGUUAUUAGGUCUGCAGAUGAAACCCGUAGUUCUUUUUAUUUUGGGGGAUUUAGCCUCUUGUUUUCCCCCCCUUUAAUUCUCUGUCUCUUGUAUGCGUCAUUACCUCGCCCGACCCGAAAUCCCACAAUCCCUCACCAGCUGUUCAUCGCCGUCCUCUUUCAGCCCCUCGUCUGUCUCUUUCCACCCUUUCCCCCGUUAAUGCAUGCCUCAAACUGAGAGAGAACGGGGUUUUCCUCUGAGGGAAAAAUGUCUAUUUGCGUCCUCAUGAUGGAGGAUUUCAUAAAAAAAAAACUGCUGCAAUGUUGGUGAUAUUUUACCCUGACUGUAUCCGCCUCAAAUAUAUUUCCAGCAAAUAACUAAAACAUAAGUAAACCAAUAUGUGCUUUACUUUAACAGCAGCAUCCUGAGUUAUGAACCCUGGCGUUUAAAUUGGAUGUUUUAUGAAAAGGAUUAUAUUUUUAAUGGUAAAAAGACUAAAAAAGGGCAGUUUGACGUCAUCUGGUUUGCUUUUAAUCCUUGAAGAUAUCCCACAAUGCAUUGCGUGGGUACGUCAUCAUGCACUUUGUUAAUAGAGGAGAUAUUUUGUACACAAAUCCAAUUUGUCGGAGCAGUUUAAGGACUUGCAUUGAUAUGAAAUUGUUCAAAAAGGAUUAAAUAAUAUCUGUUUUUUGGUAAAAAAAUUAUAAAAUAUGCAUGUGGUCAUACGAACUACAGGACAUAGGUUACAUUUAACUCCCACGGUGCCAUUUUGGUAAUAAAUCGCAAAAGGUUGAUGUAUGUACACAUUUAAAAAAAAUUCUAGCAAGCAGAACACUUCAGAAAACAGAAUUAGAAACUUAGUGAAUGGAUAUUUCUUGUUGCAGUGCAUCUUGGGAGUUGUAGUUCUACCUUUUACAUUUCUGAGUCUGUUUUCUAAUAAGUUAAUCUUUUGGACUUUUUUGUACCAGUUUCCAAGAACAAACGUAACAUUUAACUAAUUAAAGAGUGUUGAAACAGUAUUAUUAUUAUUUGAUCACGUUUGUGACCCUAGCUAGCGAUACGUUUAUAAAGUCUACCAACGCUCAUAGGACUCAAAGCAAACAAGAUGGCGUCAUUCCCGUUCAAACAUGUCUUUCAGCUUGUUUUCCUAUUAUUUGCAGAACAGUACCCGGUGUUUAUUUCCUCAGUGAUGAUGUUCUGAUGUUUUUCUGACGAGGUUUGGGGGGACACACAGAUGCUGCUUGACCUUUAUAAAAACAUGAAUGUAAAACUGCUUAGUAACAUGGCUGUAAUGUUGUUUAUCUUUCUGUCAUUCUGUGUAAAUAUGUGUGAAAGACUGUAACCAAGCACAACGUGUGGGCCUUUACUCGUGUCCAACAACAGAUGUACUGUUUUCUCAAGCACAAA